GGGGCCGAGGACGCGAUGGCGGCGGAGGGGGACGUGGAGCUGGAGCUGGAGACGGAGCCGAACGGGGCCGGGGGCGGCGCGGACGGGGCCGGGGCCGGGGCCGGGGCCGGGGGGCGGCCGGCGGAGAAGCCCCGCAAACACGACAGCGGCGCCGCGGACCUGGAGCGCGUCACGGACUAUGCGGAGGAGAAGGAGAUUCAGAGCUCGAACCUGGAGACGGCCAUGUCCGUGAUUGGAGACCGAAGAUCCAGAGAGCAAAAAGCAAAACAAGAGAGGGAAAAAGAACUGGCAAAAGUUACAAUCAAGAAAGAAGAUUUGGAACUGAUUAUGAACGAGAUGGAGAUCUCUCGGGCAGCAGCGGAGCGUAGUCUGCGAGAGCAUAUGGGCAACGUGGUGGAGGCUCUGAUCACCCUCACCAACUAACUGCAUUCCUAUUGGACCACUUUGUGCUUUGAGAAGGGAACGAGGGAGGAAGACUCUUGCUGGGACUUCAUGAAAUGUCUUUGUGCUGUCAUCCCUGCCAUGUGCACUGCCUUCCCAAUAACUGUUUGACAGAGUGAUACUGGUCAGAUGCUACAUGUAUUAACUUAUUGAAUAAAGACAUCCGUAACCUUC